AUGACGUCUUCGCAUCGCCGGCAAAGCUACGACAGGGCGCGCCUGUCCUGGGAAGAUGUGAAGAGCGGCGAGCGGGUCAUCUCGCUAGCUGAUGUGGUAGUGAUCGAUCGUGCGAAGUAUGCUGGUAAUGUAGGUUCAAUACUGCGACACAUGCCGAUACUGGGGGGCGCGCAGAUCCUGUUCUUGGCAAACAGUGCACAUCCACCCUCAUCGCCAUAUCCACCGUAUCCGCGCAGUUUCAUCAAGGAGGUGAUGAGAGUCUCAAUGCUGCAACAUUAUCGGGAAUUUGAAGGACGGUUUUGUCUGCUGGAUGGAGGGCGUGAUGAAGUCCUUCAUCUGCUGGCGCUGCUAAAGUCCAGAGGCUUUGUAUUGAUGAUCUUGGAGAAUGUUGAAGCUUUUGAAGAAAGGCUUCAUGGUAGCGAGGAGGUGCCUGAACGAGGGCAUGACGCGUGUCGCUCCUUUCAUUAUUCAUCCAUUUAUGAUGAGGCUUCGGUCCUCAGGGACUUGAGAUCCCCUAUUGCUUACAUAUUUGGUGGGGAAUCUGGUCCGCCGAUGCCGGAAUUGUUCCAAGCGUGUGAUGUGGGAGGCUUCAUUCCUAGCUGUGCAGGUAGCGAUCCUCACAGCUCUUCGCGGACGCCCGGGCACAAAUCACAAAGCCAUUGUGGAGCUGGUGAUGCUGACCCCUCACAAAGCAGAGAGCAGAACGAGAUGGAAUGUGAAGCAAGAAUGCAUUCGUGCAACCUUAGCAUCGCAGCCUGCAUCGUUCUGAGCGAGCGACAUCGGCUGCUUCUGGCCAAGAGGCAGAACGACGUGGUAGGUUGCUGCACGGCACUGGCUGCAGCUGCCGGCUUUGGAAUGCAGUUGGCAUCCGUUGCCACAGGCAACUCAAGAAAAGGCGAGCUCUUCCAGCCUGCAACUGCACGCAUCCCUUUUGGAACCUGGUUGGCUUGA